AUGUCUUUCAAAUUCUGCUUCUUCAUUUUGAGGCAUAUUUUUUUCACCCCAUCCUCUCUCUGUGUGUCUUUCUUUCCUUAUCCAUCCACAUUCUUUCUUGGGAUCAUUGAAAAUGUCUCUAGUCUUCCAUUUCUUCCUUCACAGUUUCUUUCAUUCAGUCUUUCAUAUCUAGAUUUCCAUUCUUACUUUCAGUUUGACCAGUUACUUCUGGUUUUUUCCUUCUUGUUCACUUUCUUCUCAGACAUGAAUGUUUUUGGUUUUUGUAUUCUUAUGCCUACUUUUCUCACCCUAUCUCUUUUGUUCAUUCACUUCUUCAAUUUAUUCUCUCGUCUUAUGUCUGACAGAUUUUUCUUUGGUUCACAUUUCAUUCAAGUUCACAUGAUUUUCUCUUUUUUUACUUCCUUUGUUUCACUAACUCUUUUAUCUUAUUCACACUCUUUUCUUCUUCUCUUUUUUCAAUUCUCUCACUAUUUUUUAACUUCUCUAACUUACACGUUUUCUUUUUGUUCGCUGUCUUGUCAUUAUAUUUCUUCUUCUUCUUCUUCUUCUUCUUCUUCUUCUUCUUCUUCUUCUUUUUCUUCUUCUUCUUCUUCUUCUUCUUCUUCUGCUUUUUUCUUGUUAUUCUUGCGAACCACAGGAAUCUUUUUUGUGCCGCUGACGGUGGCAAAAGCUGUUUGCAUUUUCACUCCUACGUUCAUUAUAAAAGCUGACGGAUUGGCAGACGUGAAAGACGCACUCAGCAUUGUGUCUCUGUUUCUGAUCUAUGUAUUCAUAUCUAUCUAUCUAUCUAUCUAUCUAUCUAUCUAUCUAUCUAUCUAUCUAUCUAUCUAUCUAAGAGUAUAUCUCCUGAUCUAUCUAUCUAUCUAUCUAUCUAUCUAUCUAUCUAUCUAUCUAUCUAUCAGCCUAAGAGUAUAUCUCCUUCUGAUCUAUCUAUCUAUCUAUCUAUCUAUCUAUCUAUCUAUCUAUCUAUCUAUCUAUCUAUCUAUCUAUCUAUCAGUCUGUUUCUUUCUUUCUUCCUAUCUGUCUAUCACAGUCUGUUUCUAUCUAUCUAUCUAUCUAUCUAUCUAUCUAUCUAUCUAUCUAUCUAUCUAUCAGCCUAAGAGUAUAUCUCCUUCUGAUCUAUCUAUCUAUCUAUCUAUCUAUCUAUCUAUCUAUCUAUCUAUCUAUCUAUCAGUCUGUUUCUUUCUUUCUUUCUUCCUAUCUAUCUAUCACAGUCUGUUUCUAUCUAUCUAUCUAUCUAUCUAUCUAUCUAUCUGCCUAAGAGUAUAUCUCCUUCUCAUCUAUCUAUCUAUCUAUCUAUCUAUCUAUCUAUCUAUCUAUCUAUCUAUCUAUCUAUCUAUCACAGUCUGUUUCUUUCUAUCUAUCUAUCUGCUUAAGAUAUAUCUCCUUCUGAUCUAUCUAUCUAUCUAUCUAUCUAUCUAUCUAUCUAUCUAUCUAUCUAUCUAUCGCAUGCGCAUAAACGUAAUACUAUUCUCUCUACGGUUCGAGUGUAUUCAAAGUUCAUUCAUUCAUUCAUUCAUUCAUUCUUCUUCUUCAUCUUCUUCUUCAUCUUCUUCUUCUUCUACUACUACUAUUAAUACUACUACUACUUAUUAUUAUUAUUAUUUGCUACCCCUUUUAUUGUGA